CCCAUAUGUCAAAGUCUUUGUGCUGCUGAAGACGUCGAGCACCGGAGAGAAAACAUCCGCAGCUGGAGCGGCUCCACUAGCCCCCGGACCAGGACCAGGACCAGGACGAGGACCAGGACGAGGACGAGGACCGGGACCAGGACCGGGACCAGGACCUGCCCCGUCGACAAGGUACGAGCGGGCUACAAGAGAGACGUGAGCCGGGGACCGAGCCGAGGACCGAGCCGGGGACCGAGGACCGUCCGUCCCCCGGCUCUCAUCCGGUCAACACCGGAGGACGAGGCGCCACCAGGUCCGGUGACGACAGAAGCGUCAGAUGCGAGUGAAGAAGAGAAUCACAUCAACGGUUGCUAGGCGGAUGAUGAGCUGUGAAGAUGGAGGCUCCUGAAUACCUGGACCUGGACGAGAUCGACUUCUCCGACGACUCAGUGUACUCAGUCACGUCUCGGCCUCACAUCCCAGAACUGUCCAGGAGGAGCGACGGUCCGGCCGAGGAGAGACCAGCUCCAGCCAUCAACUGGAGUCGUGGCGUGUCCUCCCACGGCGGCGGCGGAAUCAAACCUACUGGGCUCGCCGAGGUCCACAGUAAGUUCCGGCCGGUGAAGAGGGUUUCGCCUCUCAAACACCAACCAGAGACGACCGACUCGGACUCCGAUGGCAAAGUCCAGGGUCUGGGUCAGGGUCUGGGUCAGGGUCCGGGUCUGGGGGACCCGGGGGAGGACAGGAAAGAAGACCCUGGCUCCGACAAGCCCGGUCAGUCCUCCUCCUCCGACGGGCCAGGGGGGAAGGCGAAAGGCCCGGUCGGGACCGGGACCGGGACUGGCGUCGGCGUUGUAGGAGGAGGGACCAACCCUCAGGCGCUGUUCGGGGAGCUGGAGCACUACGACCUGGACAUGGACGAGAUCCUGGACGUGCCGUACAUCAAGUCCAGUCAGCAGAUGUCCACGCUGCCCCGCGUGCCCCACGACAAGCGCUCGGUGACGGGCAGCAACCUGGGCGGUGGCACCCUGGAGAGGGGCCGGGGCGGGGGGCUGAAGAGCGCCACGCUAUCCCACAAUGACCCUCUGAGCCUGGGAGGCAGCAGCUCACAGACUCCGUACUGCGUUCUGUCCCCGGUGAAGUGGUCCGACCUGAGGAAGUCCAAGUCCAUGGAUCCGGACCUCCACCUCCUGCAGCGCUCCCAGCCCGGAGCCGGGUACCAGCCGGAGCUGCUCUCCUCCGGACUCCUCAGCUGCUCGUCCUCCCUCUCGUCUUUCUCUGACGCAGACAAGCUGCUGUCUGCACGGGUCUACCCGGACUCCCAGACCCAGAGGCCUGGGGUGGAGCCUGCGGGGGGCCCGGGCCUGAUGUUCCCCCUGCCGGGGUGCAGCGUGGGCAGGCAGGACGGCUCCAAGCCCCGGGCUCCUGCACCGGGAGGAGGAGGAGGAGGAGGAGGGCCGAGGGGGUUUGGAGGAGGAGGAGGAGGAGGAGCGGAGCUGGACGAGGAGACCAAGAAGAAUCAGAACAUCAUCAACAUCGUCAGAGAGGGACAGAUCUCGCUGCUGCCUCACCUGGCAGCAGACAACCUGGAGCUGAUCCGGGACGAGGAGGGAAACAACCUGCUCCACGUGUCGGCCUGUCAGGGUCACGCUGACUGUCUGCAGCACCUCACAUCGCUGAUGGGGGAGGACGGCCUCAACGAGCGAAACAGCCAGCAGCUCACGCCCGCGGGCCUGGGGGUCAAGAAUGGUCACCUGGAGUGUGUGAGGUGGAUGGUGAGUGAGACGGAGGCUAUCGCCGAGCUGAGCUGCACCAGAGAACAUCCUAGUCUGAUCCACUACGCAGCCCGCUAUGGACAGGAGAAGGUGUUGCUGUGGUUACUUCAGUUCAUGCAGGAACAGGCGAUCUCCCUGGACGAGGUCGACCAGAACGGGAGCACGGCGGUCCACGUGGCGGCGCAGUACGGACACCUCACCUGCAUCCAGACGCUGGUGGAGUAUGGCUCCAACGUGACGGUCCACAACCAGCAGGGGGAGCGGCCCUCCCAGAGUGCCGAACGGCAGGGACACACCACCUGCGCUCGGUACCUGGUCGUCGUGGAGACGUGCAUGUCGCUGGCGUCGCAGGUCGUCAAACUCACCAAGCAGCUCAACGAACAGGCAGCAGAGAGGACAACUCUACAGAAACAACUACAGAGACUGACGGACCCCAACAAGGCAGAGGGGACGCCUUCCCGAUCGCCCAGCUCCCAUCAGCCCUCAGUGGAGGCGUGGCCAGAGAUGAUGCUGACGGCGGAGGGGACCCCGGGCGACGCCCACUGGUCGGUCCGUCAGGGAGGCGUGAGUCAGGACGCCGUGCUCCGCCAGCUGCUGGGGAAAGAGGCGUCGGACGCGGCGUGUCCCCGGGAGAGGCUGCCCCCGGCGGGCGGGCCCGGGGCCCCUGGGGGCCGCAGGACGGGGCUGGUGGAGCGGAGGGAACUCAAACUGGCGAGACUCAAACAGAUCAUGCAGCGCUCGCUCAGCGAGUCCGACUCCGAGGGUUAUCCCCCAGAGGAGGGCAAAACUCAGGGAGCCCCGCCCCCAAACACUGUGCGACCCGACAGGCCGUCCCACCUGCCAAUCACAGAGCAGGAGCCAGUGUCGAACAAUCUUCAUCUGGUGAUGAGGAAGCACGUCCCCUCCUCCUCCUCGGCAGCAGCUGAGAGAAAGCAGGCGUUUUCUCUAAGCGCGUCAAAGUCUGCGGACAACAUCGGGUACAACCCCUCCCCGACCUCCAGCGACCCAGAGGCCGCGGACAGCAAAGCACCGGACACCUCCGUUGACGCCCCGGACGCCGCCAAUGGCCAGAAGGCGGCCACCAGCCCCAAGAGUGCGCUCAAGUCCCCGUCAUCCCGCAGGAAGACGUCGCAGAACCUCAAGCUGAGGGUCACCUUCGACGAGCAGGUGCACAAGAGCUCCGGUCAGGAGGCGGAGCCUGCUGCCAAAGGGCAUCAUGGGAAGGAGAGGACUCCGACGGGAAGCUCCGAGGGCAAGCGGCCGUUCGGGACGUUCCGCUCCAUCAUGGAGACGCUGAGUGGAAACGCAAAUCACAACAACAACAACAACAACAACAACAACAGCAGCGGCGGCGGUGGCGGUGCACAGUCAGGCUCCGCCCUCAAACCGCCCACCUGUCAGAACUCACCUGGCAGGAAGGCAGAGAGUAAGAGCAGCCCGGGAGGAGGAGGAGCCCGGGGAAAGAGCAGAACCAGUAACGUUUAACCGCCCGGAGACCAGAACACGACUACGAUCAGCACGAGACGUCAUCAGUGACGUCAUCAGUGAGGCUGUCCAAAAAUACUACAAAUAGUUUGGGCCUAAAACAUGGUUGAUGUGAUGACAUCAUACAUUCACAAACGCUGUGCGUCAAACUCAAAACUCAAGACUACGGAGACUCAAAAUUCGUGCACUUAAAAAACCACAGAACAGAAUCUUGCAAGCUGCAACUAACGAAGACUUUUUCAUAAUUGUCAAUAAUCUGUCGAUUGUUUUCUUGAUUCAUCGAUCAGUUGUUUGGUUCAUAAAAUGGUGGAAAGUGUCGAUAUUCAAGGUGGAAUUUCAAGUGGAAUUUCAAGGUGCUGCUGGUUUUGUUACGUGCACGAAUUUUGAGACGCAAAGUCUCCGAGUGAAGGAUGAUGUCAUCGAACAGCUGAAAGAGUUUUUACAGGAAGAGAAAAAAGAUUUGAGACAUAAAGUACCAGGAUGUGAACAGGAUUCAACCUGGAACAUGAAUUUUUAAAUUUUGUUAAAUCAACAUAUUCCCACUCGUCUCGUAUAGAAACUUUCACUCUCCAGAAAAACAAUAUCUCGCCGGGUUAUUUUAUGAUAAAGUAUCUCGUGUUCUUUGACUCCAAAGUUUUAAAAACAGCAAAAACCGUCUCUGCUCCGUCGAGGUUAUGCAGGGACAUGAAUCACUACAAAGUGAAGAAGGAGAUCAUUUUUUAUUGACGUUUGUUUGUUAAUCAUCAGAAACCUCACGUCACCAUCAGACUCUCCGCCGUUUAUUAUUUUUAAUGUUUUAGUUCAGGUUAACGUUUUUUUUGUUUCUCUUGUUUUUUCCGGAAGCGCCACUCAAGUUGAACCUAUGAAUAAUUAGUAUUUAUGUUUAUGCACACACACUUAUAUAUAUAUAUAUAUAUGAUUUGAAAUAUGUUUUGUUUUGAAAACUGUGGUUAUAAUCAUGCACGUGGUUCACGUGCACCAGCACAACAGAUAGUUUUUUUUUUUAAACCACUGUAUAUUUACUGUCGUAGUAUUUAAAACAAAUUUUUUACAUUAUAUUCCACGCACGUUGUUUUUUUGUUUGUUUAUUAUCUCUGAAGUUUUCUCUUUUACAGUUUUUUUUAUCCAGUGUUCACGUUUACAAACCUACGGAGCCCGAGGGGGACAUGUUGGUGAAACCUGGACGAGACGAAAUGUGAAAUGUGUCGGUGGACAAACGCACAAUCGUAGUUAAAGGUUCUAAUCAUUUUAUCGGGUGUUGUUCAUCAUCUUCAUCGUCACAGGACAGUUUUGCUCAUUUGAUUGAGAUGCAAUAAUUUAGAAUAAACGCUCACGUGUCAGUUACAGAGCAGACCUGAGGUCAGAGCUGAUGAGCGGCGCCCUCUGCUGGAUCACAAGACAAACUGCUCACAGACUGGAAACUGUAACGUUGGAACAUCCAAGUUUUAAAUAAAUAAAAAGUGACAGAAUUCUGAA